ACCGCCGGCACCAUCUCGGGAGCCAUGCCGGCUGACGAGCUCGCGCGUAUCCGAAGAGACCGAGGUGGUAGAAAACCGAGCUUGCAGCCGCCUUAACGCACGCACUCGUUCUAAGGAAAAAAGAGAACGAGAGAGUUCUCCCUUCAUGACCUCAGCGAACCUGGUCGUCGCAUAGUUCCGCGCUGCCCGGUGGAUGUCGUCGUCGCCAUGGUGGAACAACUGGUGUGCAGCAACUCGCUGAGCCCGGGAACCUAACGAUCCCUCGUAAAUCCUGAUUUCGUGCUUCUAGUUGUCAAGAAUCGAUCGCGGAAGACAAUGAGGACGUAUCUUCGGCCCGAGAGCCGAUCCCGAUAAGUGAUGCACCACUUUGGAUUGGCCUAAAGGUAAGAAAGGUUGAAAUCAGGCCUGGAUACUGUGAUCGAAACGAAUCGCGUGUUAGGAGACGACUCUGAUAUAAUUUUGUAGUGAUAUAUCUUAUUAUAAAACAUUAGUGAUGAAGAGAAAAGUGAUACUCUUGAAAAGGAUCGGGUUUCGAUAAGUGAUGUACCACUUUGGAUUUGCCUAAAGAUAACGAAAGUUGAAAUCGGGCCUAGAUAUUGUGAUCGAAACGAAUCGCGUGUUAGAAGACUUUGAUAUAACUUUGUAGUGAUAUAUCUUAUUGUGAAACGUUAGUGAUGAAGAGAGAAGUGAUACUCUCGAAAAGGAUCGGGUCAAUGUGUCACGUGUGACUUGGAAUUUGAAGAUAAUAAUUAGAUUUUGUUGCUAUUAGACGCAAUGAGGAAAGUAGCGACAUCCUCCGACAUGACGGAUCUGAUCUGAGGAAGGUGAAAGUUGACAAUUCACGUGCCACACAACUCGGUGUAAUUCGACAGCCCCUUCCGUCAUGUAAGAACAAUAUCGGCAUCGGAAAGACAUAAGAGAAGCCUCACCCCUCGCGUGACACCAACAGCGAGUGUCGAGUAAUGCUGAAGCACAUCUUGACGGGGCAGCCGUCGUCAACGGGCUCCAGGCAUCAUCACAAUGAUUAUCAAACAAGCUCGGGCUCGUUGCACGGCGGGCACCAUCAUCACCACUUGCACAACAACUCGCUGCACCAGGAACAGCAGCCACAGCAACAGCAGCCGUCGCAACAUCACCAUCAUCAUCAUUACACCGGAAGCGCCGGGACCGCGCGCGGACAUCGCGGAAACAACGGCAUCGACGUGUGCGAUUCGGUGGCGCAGAGGUCGAACGCUCACCAAUCGGCGACGACGCCCUCGUCGACGCAUCGGCAUCCCCUGAAUCACUCCCAGCUGAGCGUCAAUAACUUGUCGCAACGCCUGAACUCGCACACGCUCAACGUGUCGACGUUGUCCACGUCCAAGCACUCGGUCAACAGCGUUAGUCCGGUGGGUGGUGCGAAUGGUAACAAUGGCGCUAACAUUAUCAACAACAACAACAACAACAAUCAUCACAACAAUCACAACGUCUCGGUUGCGAGUCAGCUCGGUCACACCGUGAUCUCGCAGACCAACGUCCUCCAUCACGAUCGGCCGAAGGCGAACGGCGGCCUCGACAUCUCCAGGCUGUCGCGGCUGCCGAGCCAGACCACGCCAUCGCCCGCACCUGCCGCACCUGCGCUUCCUGCCGUCGCCGCAGGUGGGCCGACGGUGAUACCCCUCAACGCCUCCUGGUCCUCGUCUCUGUCCAGGAAUCUUCAUCGGAACGAUGAGGCGGGUGUGAAGGAGAUGCUGACCAGUUUGGGACUGUUGUGUCUGGUGUCUCUGCUCCUGGCCCUGCUCUCGGUUAUCUUCCUGCUGAAGAUCUCCCCGCUCACGGUCACGUCCAACAGUCUCAUCAGCCCGGAAGAGUUCGUCAUCGUCUACGAGGUCACUCUGGCUCUGUGCGCCCUGGCCCUGUCCCUCAACCUGUGCUGUCUCCUCGUCUGCGCCAUACAGUUCCUUUUCGCGGUGAAACUCGUCAAGACUUCGUACCAGGGACACCGGUAAGUCGCUCUUAUCAGUGAUUAUCACCUUUCUUUGACAUUACUAUUAUUAUAAUUAAUCUGAUGAUCCCGCUCGAUCAAAGAAGACUUGGGAUCUUGACCCUAAGUAGCAAACUGACGUCA